AAUUGGAUGGUGCAUUCAAAAGCUUUGACAAGGAAUGUGAGAUACUCCGGAACCUUCGCCAUAGAAAUCUGACCAAAGUCAUCACCAGCUGCUCCAAUCUUGAUUUCAAGGCCCUAGUGUUGGAAUACAUGCCCAAUGGGACACUUGAUAAAUUGUUAUACUCUCACAACUUGUUCUUGAACUUAUUGCAGAGACUGGAUAUAAUGAUAGAUGUUGCAUCUGCAAUGGACUAUCUCCACAAUGGCUAUUCAACGCCUGUGGUGCAUUGUGACUUGAAGCCAAGCAAUGUCUUGUUAGAUGAAGAAAUGGUUGCUCAUGUAAGUGAUUUUGGCAUUGCAAAAAUGUUAGGUGCAGGGGAGGCUUUUGUUCAAACAAGGACAAUUGCAACCAUUGGAUAUAUUGCUCGAGAGUAUGGACAAGAUGGAAUAGUAUCCACGAGUUGGUGAUGUUUAUAGUUUUGGCAUACUGAUGAUGGAGACGUUCACACGAACAAGACCAAGUGAUGAAAUAUUUACUGGACACUUGAGCAUACAACGUUGGAUUAGUGAUUCCUUUCCGGGUGAACUUCACAAGGUGGUGGAUUCUAAUUUGGUACAGCCAGGAGAUGAACAAAUCACUACAAAGAUGCAAUGUUUGUUAUCUAUCAUGGAAUUAGCUUUGAACUGCACUUCAGUGAGACCUGAUGCAAGAAUUAGCAUGAAAGAUGCUCUUUCAACACUCAAAAAGAUGAGGGUCCAGCUUGUUAGUAGUCGGCACUAGGUGGAAUCGUUACCAACCUGCUCUUGUAUGUUAUUUAGUUACCAAUCUGCUCUCUUAUGUUAUUC